CAGUGGGGGGGAGGGGAUCUGCCAUCCCCCUGGUGCGGAUGCGGCAGUGGGGGGAGGGGACCAGCAGCACCUGCCUGCCCCCCCCGCCCCCCCCCCCCCCCAUCUCUCUGCUGCGGGUGCAGCAGUGGGGGAGGGUAUGGGGGUGGCGGGUGUGGCCAACCCGCCAGCCCUGCUGCGCCCCGCGCACCCUGCUGCCCUGUGCGCCCCGUGCGCCCUGCUGCCCUGCUGCCCUGUGCGCCCCGCGCGCCCUGCAGCCCUCUGUGGUUGA